AUGAAUUUGAACUACGCGUCUGCGGUGCCCACGCAGAGGUCCACGUCGUUCUUCAUAGAGGACAUCUUACUGCACAAGCCCAAGCCGCUGAGAGAGGUCAUCCCCUCGCCGUUCUGCGGCUCCCUGGCCUCCCGAAUGCCCCUCCUGGAGUAUGGAUACCCACUGAUGCCCACCCCGAUCCUGGCGCCCCAUCCGCACCAUCCCCUGCACAAGCCGGAGCACCAGUACUUCUUCACUUCUGGGAUGCAGAUGCCGGCCCUGUUCCAGCACCACGCAGAGCUACCAGGGAAGCACUGCAGGCGCAGGAAGGCCCGUACGGUUUUCUCCGACUCACAGCUAUCCGGCCUGGAGAAGAGGUUCGAAAUCCAGCGCUACCUGUCCACACCAGAGAGAGUGGAGCUGGCCACUGCGCUCAGCCUGUCCGAGACACAGGUGAAGACGUGGUUCCAGAACCGGCGCAUGAAGCACAAGAAGCAGCUGAGGAAGUCGCAGGACGAGCGGAAGCCUCCCGGGGAGAGGGAGCGCUCCGCGGAGAACUCGAGCGAGAGCGACGUGAACGACAAGAACGCAGAGGAGCUCAAACACGGACUGGAGGCGGACUACGUGCUGGAGCACGACGACGAAGACGACGUGGACAUCGAGGACGACGUUUGCUCCCCGGAUCAUCUACUAUAG